AUGUACCAUAACAUUGGACCUCCCUCUCAAUCGGGCAACUGCAUGCAUGUCAAUACCACCAACGCCGUGGAGCCUGAAAACAGCAUGUUUGGUCUUUUCAAGAAGGCUGGAUACAAUGUUGGUGUUUUUGGAAAGCUGGCCAUGAGCUACAAAACGGUCGACUACAUUGACAGCCCUCUGGAUUACAAUAACUACGUCGGUGUUACUUACCAACGCUACUUCCCCAACGGCACCAACUACACACGAUACACCCUUUGCCACACCAUACCAAACAACACAAAUCGGCAAUCGCACUCUCCGGACCACAUGCCCCCCACUAUCCCGCCCGUCCUGCCCCCUGAACUCAUACAACGCACUUUGGACGCGAGCAUUCUCAGGUAUGAGCACUUGUGGGACAACUCAUCGGCCCCUACAACUCCAAAUUACAACUACUCGCACUCGGGCGCGGCCCAGCACGUCCGCCAAAACCCACCACUUACCACUGCAGUCAAAUGCUGGGAGGAUCAGAUUCCGUACUUGUUUGCGGGCCCUGGUCUGGCCUCGGGCGUGGAACUCUCAAGCUUGAUUGCUUCGACCGACUUGCUUCCCACCCUUUUGGAGCUCGCCGGUGUCCCAGCACCUGCUUUGCUCGACGGCAAAAGCUUUGCGGGCUUGCUCAAAUCAGCCACAACGUCUGCCACUUUGCAAACGGCUGGAUGGAGAACCUACUUUUUGGUUGAGUAUCUGAGCGUUGGAACCUAUUUCAACGACCAUUCUAACAUCUGGCAGGAUGGCAACCAGACAUCUGAGACGUGUAAUGCAGCAAAUCCGCCCGUUGGACCCGCACAAAACACUGUCGACAAGGAUUGCAUCAAAUCUAAUGGAACAGGAACGGGUAACUGCUAUUUUGUUGACUCAACAGCGAGUAAUUCCUGGCGCAUGCUUCGAAUUAUCUCAUCGACCGAAAAUACAGCCUAUGUGGAAUACGAUCCCUCCUGGCAGUUUAAGGCGGCUGAAGAUGGUACUGGACUGCAAUGGUAUGAACUGUAUGAUCUGGACCAAGAUCCUUAUCAGAUGCACAAUUUGUUUUCAAACACAAGCAGUGACGAUCGGCUGCGCUAUCACAACUUGCUGAGUGCUGCUUGGUCCUGUAGCGGAUCGACCUGCCCAUGA